GCGUUAGCAAGCUAAGUGGAGAAAGAAAGCUAACUAAUGGUGAGAGUGGAAGUGUUGGCUAAACGCUCAUGGAUCAAAAGCAACUGUCAACACAGCAACGGGAACAGACAUUAAACCACCUCCAUGACUCCAUGAACAUGUUUGCAGGGUGUUAAUGAAGAGACGGUGGCUUGUCAGAUGCCCGAGGAGCAUUUUUUUUUGGAUACUACAUCCCAAACGGAAACCAUUUCUGGACAGAGUUAGUUGGAGCUAGCUAGCUAGCGUCUUAAGUCAAACCCAUCAAUCAGGAGACUUUUACGUUGUCACCUACAACAAAAACCCCAAACAACCCGAAUGUUUUGUCUGUCAUGAGUCCGGCCGGGUGCUCCCAUGUGAACGGUUAUAAGGUGGAUAACUGGAAACAAAACCUCCGCGUCAUAUACCAAUGCUUUGUUUGGAGUGGUACUGCUGAGACCAGGAGACGCAAGGUUCUUCAGAGUGAUGCAGGAUGGACAGAGCUGGCCAAGUCCUGUAUCUGUCACAUGUGUGGCGCCCAUCUGAACAGACUCCACUCUUGUCUCUACUGCGUCUUUUUCGGCUGUUUUACCAAGAAGCACAUCCACGAGCACGCCAAAAACAAGAGACACAAUCUAGCUAUAGACUUAUUAUACGGCGGAAUAUAUUGUUUUGUGUGUCAAGACUAUAUAUACGACAAAGAAAUGGAGCAGAUUGCCAAAGAGGAACAGAGGAAAGCCUGGAAGUUGCAAGGCAUCGGUGAGAAAUACACGACGUGGGAGCCCACCAAGCGGGAACUAGAAUUAUUACGACACAAUCCAAAGCGGAGGAAAAUCACGACAAACUGUACCAUAGGUUUACGAGGUUUAAUAAAUCUGGGCAACACUUGUUUCAUGAACUGCAUCGUCCAGGCCCUCACGCACACGCCGCUGCUGCGAGACUUCUUCCUCUCCGACAGACACAAAUGCGAGAUGCAAUCCAACUCCUGUCUGGUGUGCGAGAUGUCACAGCUCUUUCAGGAGUUCUACUCGGGCCACCGGUCGCCUCACAUUCCCUUCCGACUGCUGCACCUGGUGUGGACUCACGCACGCCACCUGGCCGGCUACGAGCAGCAGGACGCCCACGAGUUCCUCAUCGCGGCGCUGGACGUUCUCCACAGGCACUGCAAAGGGGACACCAUCAGAGACAACGACAACGGGAAGAAGGCCAAUAAUCCAAACCACUGUAACUGCAUCAUUGACCAAAUCUUCACCGGGGGGCUCCAGUCGGACGUUACCUGUCAGGUUUGCCAUGGUGUUUCCACGACGAUAGACCCCUUCUGGGACAUCAGUUUGGACCUGCCCGGCUCAUCUACGCCUUUCUGGCCCCUCAGCCCCGGAGGGGAUGGCGGCACGGUGAACGGGGAGAGCCACCAGUCGGGGUCCACGACGCUCACAGACUGCCUGCGCAGGUUUACGCGGCCGGAGCACCUCGGAAGCAGUGCCAAGAUCAAGUGUGGCGGUUGCCAUAGUUAUCAGGAGUCCACCAAACAGCUGACGAUGAAGAAGCUGCCCAUUGUAGCGUGUUUCCAUCUCAAACGGUUCGAGCACUCUGCCAAACUGCGGAGGAAGAUCACUACGUACGUUUCCUUCCCUCUAGAAUUGGACAUGACGCCCUUCAUGGCAUCCAGCAAAGAAAGCAGAAUGAACGGCCAGUAUCAGCAGACGUCUGACGUCUUAAACAACGACAAUAAGUAUUCCUUGUUUGCCGUGGUCAACCACCAGGGCACGCUAGAGAGCGGCCACUACACCAGCUUCAUCCGCCAGCACAAGGACCAGUGGUUCAAAUGUGACGACGCCAUCAUCACCAAGGCCAGCAUUAAGGAUGUACUUGAUAGUGAAGGGUAUCUCUUAUUCUACCAUAAACAGUUCCUGGAGUACGAGUAGCUCCGCCCCCCCCGCCCCCCUCCGCCUUGGUGACCACUGACCAUGAAGAACCACUGAGGGGGUGGGGGGAAAGGGGGGAGAGGGGACACACAAACCUACCUGAAGUACGUGACUGACUCAGCCAGGCUGCCCCCCUGCUGCUGCUGUUUGGGGGGUGGGGGGGGUGACAUACAAAACGGCAUAAAACUAAGACAUAAAGGCAUGGUGUGAUGUCACACAACCUUAUCAACGACAACAACCAGAAAAAAAAAGCACUGAGUUCCUUCUUGGCAUCUACUUGACAAAACUGAAUGAAGAGGAGGACGGAAGAAGCCCCGCCUCCUUUACCCUCUGCUUUUUGCUGCAGGGGGCGGAGUCCACGGGCACAUCUGGGUUGUUAAGAAGUUCAGUAUUCUGACACCCACCCCCACCCUUCCCUAUCAACCCCCCCCCCCCCCCCCCCCCUCACCCCCCAUGGUGCUCUCGUCUCAACUGACCAAGCAUUUAACUCUGGAGGUCGUCAUUAUGCAUUACGGGAAAGCAAAAAAAAAAAAAAAAGAAUGAAAUCAGUGUAUUAAGAACUUUGCAAGAGCAUUUUUAUGGAUAUGGAUUAUCACAUGAAUGGAUUUUUUUAUUUUUUAUUUUUGGAAGACAGGGCAGGAGCCAAGAGACGCCUGUUGCUAAGGGAAGCGCUACCAUGGAAACCAAACCCAUCAUUUACUGUCUCCAUUCUUUUUUGUGUGGUUGAGGGCAGGGAUUAUCUACCUUUUUAGCACUCAUGGACAUUUUUUUUUAUUUGAGGAUUUGUUUACUACUUUUUAAGUUUUUUUUUUGUUUUUUUUUUUAAUUUUCAGUACAGUCAUGUCUCUCGCUGUCCUGUUACUGGAAAUUGUUUUUUGGACGUAUUAUACUUUCAUUCUUGUGGAAUUGUUGGUAUAUAAUGAUGGUGCUGAUUAAAAAGGAAGCUGUCAGUGGACCGUAAGAGGAGCCUGAGGAUUUCAUGUGGCGUUCAUGGCCGCUGCUUGUGGUUCCCAUCAUCAUCAUGGGAGCCCGCAGCUUCCUGCGUUCAUUGGUGGAAGUGGGUCCCGCCAGGUCUACGGGAGCUAAUGUUGCGUAUUUAAGCAGGUUAUGUUGCACGUGCUUGACCCAGGUUGGUGAUAACAUCUCCAUGGCAACGGUGUGGCAUGUAGUACGAGGUGAUGUCGCAGUGCAGUGCAAUAAACACGCCGCUCUUGCGCCGCUCGUGUUUUCCAGGAACUCAACGCGGCGUUUUAGCGACACCUAAUGGCCAAAUUGGGAAAUGCAAGGCACAACUCACAAGUUAAAUCACUAAAAAUUAUUUUAAAAAUAUAUAUAUCCUACUCAGAUAUUUUC